AUGAUGUCUCUCAUUGCUCCCAGAAAACGAAAAGAUCACUACCACGUCGCAUCACCCACAUCCCCAGACAAAGCGAAGGUCCGUCUCAUCGAAGAUAAGGGUGAUAGCCCAUCGGAAUCGUCUGGCCUGCCCCGGCUACGCUCAAGCUUCUCCAAUGCUCGCACGCUAUCGAACAUCCGGCGCAGGAGCGUAAAACUACUCUCGGUGUUUCGGAAUGGGAAAGUGCAUCGACACAAGUUGCGAUCCCGUCCCACUGUGUUGAGUCUAGAGCCAGAUAUCCAUCCAGAUGUCCAGCUUGACUCUGCACCUUCACGUCGGCUCAUAAGCGAUAUUGUGGCCUUUCUUUCGCAGCCGUCAACGAGUGUGACAGGUAGCAGUCUUAAUCCGCUAAGCUUCCAGUCAACAGCACCGACUUCUUUGGUAUCUUCUGGCGCACCUCGUUCCGUCGAGAUCGCUAGCGCCCAUGGGAAGCAACCAUUCUCGCAUACUUCGACUGGAACACCACCCCUACCACCUGAACAGGAGGGUACAAAAUCGCAAUGGUUGGUGUUUCCACGCCAGGAUUCUCCUAGGCUCACCAAGCCAUCCGUUGCCACAGUUGAAAAUGCGGCGGCAACAAAGAUAUUUCUUGAGUCUCACUUUGAUAGUAUACUCAAUGUCAAGGUAAGCCCACGAUUGAGGCGGAGAAGGGAGCUGGAGCGCAAGCUCUUUGCGGUGGGUGCUCAUGAAGAAGAGCAACGAACCAGGAUACAACAAUGGUGCACUGCCGAAUCCAACCACCUCCGCCAGACACGGGUAAUGAAAUCCAAAACCUUAGCACGACAAAAGAUCAAAGGUGUUCACGUUUCCAAUUAUGAGAUCGUAAGGGUGCUUGGGAAGGGAAGCUUCGGCGUCGUACGGCUCGUUCGUGAGCGGAGUGACGCAGACGACAAUCAGUCUGGAAACACUCAAGCUGGUAGCACUUUUGUACCUUCUCGAAAACCGAAACAGGUCUUCGCAAUGAAGGUAAUCAGAAAAUCAGACAUGUUGCGAAAUAGCCAAGAGGGCCAUCUCCGUGCCGAGCGAGACUUUCUCGUCGCAUCUGAGAACUCCCGAUGGGUAGUUCCGCUCAUUGCCAGCUUCCAAGACAACAACAACCUCUAUCUUGUUAUGGAAUACAUGGUGGGGGGUGAUUUUCUGGGUCUGUUACUCCGGGAGGAUGUUCUCGACGAAGGGGUUGCAAAAUGGUACAUUGCCGAAAUGAUUCUAUGCGUAGAAGAGGCGCACAGAAUGAAAUGGAUCCACCGAGAUAUCAAACCAGACAACUUCUUGAUUACAUCCUCUGGACAUCUCAAGAUAUCUGAUUUUGGGCUUGCUUUUGAUGGUCACUGGACGCACAAUCAAACCUAUUACAACGAACAACGGUAUAGCUUGUUGCACGAUCUUAAUUUGCGCGUUCGGGGCGAUGAAAUCGACUCGCGAGAGGACCGGCAAAGACAGGAGGCUCAAGAUGGCACGAACCAGGCCGAUGGUAGAGUAUCUGGCCGCGAUCGAUUCGAGUCAAGACAAGGAGAUGCCAGUGGACCCGUCCUAGAUUGGCUCAACAGCACCCAACGACGCCGCUUUGCGAAAAGCGUAGUAGGAACAAGUCAGUAUAUGGCACCGGAGGUGAUCAGAGGGCAACACUAUGAUGGUCGAUGUGACUGGUGGAGUAUCGGUCAGGACCACAAGCGUUUCCUCAAAUUCCCGCGUGAGCAAAGAUACGGUAGGCCGAGUCUUGAGCGCGUCCCACUGAUGCCCGUUACUCAUUACGCUCUUGAUCUUAUCUCAAGGCUGCUUGAAGAUAAGGAGCAUCGACUUUCUGCUAAAGGAUACAAAGAGAACGACUUUGUCAUGAGCCAGAAGGGUGUGCGAAUGCGACACAAGCGCAAUGCAGACCACUUGGGAUAUGUAGUCUUCCCCAAUGACGCCGAAGAUAUCAAGAACCAUGCCUUCUUUCGUGAUAUCCAGUGGUCCAUUAUGCAUCUCGUACGGCCGCCUUUUGUUCCACACAUCCAAGGAGGUCAAUCGAUCACUCAAUACUUUGACGACGAAGCGGAGAUCAUGAGCGCGUCUGAUCAUCUAGACUCCUCGAGCUAUGCGAGUGGGCAAGAGGAAGGCGGGAAGCUGCCACAGCGUAUGCUUCAAAUAGGAUUGGACGGUCAUGGGAAAAACAACCAAGACGAUCGCACUCGAGCAAUGUCCAUUAGUCGAUUGAAGCGACGUAAGAAGGAGACGAAGAGGCCUCGCGACAAGCUUCUUCGCGAUCCUGAGGUGGGACGUACAGUCCUAGAGAUUCGUAAAAAGGGCGCGUUCAUGGGAUACACUUACCGUCGACCUUAUUUCACGCUCCCUGAAUUGGAUCCCAUGGUGCUGAGGGCGUCGCAAACAGAGCCACUGGUGGUAGGACCUGUUGGUGCAUGA